AUGCCGGGCUUUGAGCAUUCGCGGAUGGGGAGCAACACCUACCCCAACGGAAGGGAGACAAACGGGACUUUCUCUCUCACAGCCCCAUCGGCCAAGGGGGAAUGGGAUAUGAAGGAUGGGGCGGGACAGGCCAACGAGAGCGUUGAGCUGUCCGGAAAGAAGGGCAACUGCCCACAGCAGGGCCAAUCGAAAGGCCAAUCGAGGAAAGGAAAGGGCAAAUGGCAAAAGGUGCCUUUGUUUGAAGUAGCAAAGCCGGCGGCUCCAUACAGGGACUGGUCGGUUGUCCUAAAGCCCGCGCAGGCCAAGAUUCUCCAGGACUUGGAGGCAUUGUGCCAUUCUACGAACCCACAUGUUGCUCGAAUGCGCCACCCGGAUACCUCUAGGGGGCAUGAAACCAGCCCAAGUCGGCGAUCGGUUGUGGCCAUCGACUGUGAAAUGGUCCAGGUGGGUCGGGGCCAGAAUGAGGUAGUCCAGGUCUGCGCGGUGGAUGUACUAUCCGGGGAGAUACUGGUCGACAAGGCUGUCGUUCCGACAAAGCCUGUCACAGAUUGGUGUACACCAUGGAGUGGCAUGACAGCAGGCCGCUUGGAGGAUAUGAGAAGGAAAGGCAAGACAGUGAACGGCUGGGAGGAAGCGCGGGCGGAAGUGCUGAAGUUUGUGGAUGGCGAUACCAUCUUGGUUGGCCAUGCGCUUCGGAAUGAUGUGCGUGCUUUGGGGAUGACGCAUGCAAAGACCCUCGAUACCACCACUGUUACAAAGCGUGCGGUGUCCAAGGAAAUGGUGGGAUCUGGUUGCAAGCGAACUUGGAGGCUGAAGACAUUGUGUCAAGAUUUCCUGGGGAUAAGUAUCCAACAGUCCAGGAAUGGACACGACUGUGUCGAAGACACUCUUGCGACCAGAGAAGUGUUGCUCUGGUGUGUCCGCAAUCCGGACAAACUGAAGAAGUGGGCGAUGGAGCAGAGCGCUAUACUAGCAGUACCAAGCUCCUACUCAUCCGCCCAGGAAAGGGAGGACAGUAUACCGUUUGAAAAUGGUAAAGAUUGA